AUGGCUGGGGUGAGACGAAGGCUCCUGGAAGGGGGAGACGCGCGGGACCAACUCGCACUCUUCUGCGCCUGCAGCGCGCGGCGCGACCGCCAGGCGCACCUGGUCCGCUGCGGGGUGCUGGGGGCGCUGCGCGCGCUCGGGGCCCGCGCCGUGCUGGCCGCCUCGUGCGCGCGCUAUCGCCGAUCGCUGCGCCUGUUCGAGCCCUUCGAGGUGCGCACCCGCCUGCUGGGCUGGGACGACCGAGCCUUUUACCUGGAGGCGCGCUUCGUCAGCCUGCGCGAUGGCUUCGUGUGCGCGCUCCUGCGCUCCCGGCAGCACGUGCUGGGCACCUCGCCAGAGCGCGUCGUGCAGCAUCUGUGCAAACACAGGGGAAGCCCUGAGCUGGCCUCUCCCGGGAAUCUAAGUCCUGCUGCUGCUGUGUGGCUCGAAGUGGAGCCCCCGGAGCUGCCGGAGGACGUGCGGCACUGGAUCGCCUACAACGAGGCCAGCAGCCAGCUUCUCCGGGCCGAGAGCGGGCUCGGCGCCGGCAAGAACCAGUGACCACGCCCCCUGCCCGCCGGGGCCAGAGGGUGCAGGGUGGGCCGGCAGGCCCGUGUCUCCCAGCCGGAGGGGUCCACAACCAGCCUGCCCUGCCUAGCCCCCUUCUCCCGCUCAGGCCUCCCCCUCCACCCAUGUCUGAUGCCCCCCGCCCCCGUACCAUGCUAGGCACAGGAUGGGGGUGGCGCAGAUGCCCUGACCCAGCUCUGCCCUCUGAUGGGAAACGUGGGAGGCCCAGGGCCCUCAGCUGGUGGGCUGUGGGGGGUGGGGGUUUGGCCCCACCUUGCGAGUGAAGCCGGGAUGGCCAGCAGGACCGGCUAGAGACACCCUGAGCACUGGACCCUGGAGUCUGAGCCAGAGCUGAGGGUGGGGCAGCAGGGGUGAGGCCAGAGGAGUCCUGGGGCAGGGCUGGGCCCUGACUCCGGUGGAGAAGGGUCAGAAUGGCAUUUCAGGGCAGAAUCUUCAGCUGUGCAUGACGGGGGUGGGGAGGCAGGCCCAGAGCAAAGUCUGGGCAGUCGAUGGCCGGGUGCACUGACCAGACGGCGGUAGGGGUGGGGGCAGGGCCUGCAGCAGGGACUUGUGGCCAGAGGGCAUGCUGGGCCCCGGAGGGUCAGAUGGCACAGGGCCUCCUGUGUGGCGGUGAGCUCCCCAUCACUGGGGGUGUCCUAGUUGGGGCCUGCUGUUGAGGAGGGAACAGAGCAGCGAGUGGGACUCCCCCUGGGCGUCCUGUGCCCUUGCUUGUCCGUACUCCUAAGUGCUCACAGGGCUGUGCUGUGUGACUCUGGGCAGGCCCCUACCCUCUCUGGGCCUCUGGCACCUCUGUUGUCUGCUCUCCUGCUGGAGUUUUCCUACUCGAUACCUGCUCCGCUGUUGAUUUUUCCCCUCCUUCUCUAAGGGGCUGUCUCUCUCCAUGGGCUGAGGUUGGGGAAGGGUCAUCUUGGCUUUGCCCGAGUGGCUCCCUGACAGGGUCACCAGGCUGCUGGGACACCCAGCUGGGGCUGGGGUUAGGGAGAUCUGGAGAGAAGAAACUCGCCCAGAGCCCCGACAGCAAAGCAGGGAUGGGCAAAGUGGGGGGGCCGGGCUGCCUGGCCCGGAGGCCGGGGGGACACUGGUCAGGUCCCUGGGGGUGGGGUGGUGCUGCCCGUGCGGGUGACUGCACAGGACAAGGCGGCCGCCUGCCUGGGCCCCGCACCUGCCCUGCCAGCCUGUGGUGGUGGCCUGAGCAGCCGGGGCCCCAGAGCUGCCUCCUGCCCCCGCCCCGGGGCUGCCCCCCUACCUUGCCAGCCCCCCACCCCCCGCGCUGACUUCUGCCUUACAGCCGCAACGAGAAAGCUGCAAUGUUCCUGUUUUAUUUAAAGAAACCCCAAGAUUAAAGGGUUUUUAAUGCCCGUGUGGA